CUCCUCUCGCGCCGCCUCUCCGCCGCGGCCCACACCCACUGCACACGCCUCACCGCCGCCGUCGCAGCCUCGCCGCGCCACCGCCUUGCUGCCGCCCGUGCGUUCGCCCUCUCCUCCGCCGGCCGCCUCCUUCGGCGCGCCCAGCAGCAGCAGCAGCGCCGCCAGCGUCUCUCGCGUCUCCGCCACGCCCGCUCCCACGGCGGGCCUCGCGGUGCGUGCGCGCGCCUCGGCCACUCCGGCACCUGGCGCCGCAGCAGGCGGCACAAAGACGACGUCGUAUGCCACGCCGCGCAAGGCGGGCGCCUCGAUGCCCUUCGCCGCGCGCGGCGCCGCCGGCGCGCCAAGGCCGGGCAGCGCCGUGCCGCCCUCUGCCGGCUCGCGCGCUGCUGCCUCUGCCGCUGCCGCUACAGCGGGACCAAGCACGUCGUCGCUCCUGCGCGCACCCUCUGCCUCGCCUGCGCCUGCGCCCGCGCAGCACCGUAUCAUCCCCUCUCAAGCACCCGCAAGCCUCACUCGUGGCCCGUCUGCCAGUCCAGCGCCGCGCGGAGCGCGUGGAGCAAGUAGGACUCCGAGCGCCUCGCCUGCGCCGACGCCGCGUCGGGCCGUUGCGGCAUCGCCUGCGCCUGCGCAGAAAGAGGCACAGGCGAAGACGCAGGCGCCGGGCGGGGACAAGGAGAGCGCUAGUGCGAGUGGGAGCGGCACUUUCGGUGCGCAGCCGUCCGCAGCGGCCGCAGCUUCCUCGAGCGCCGACGUCCACGAGGCAUCCGACGAAGAGAUGCACACUCCUCCUCCUCCCACUGCCUCGCCCGCCGUUGCUCCUCGCGCCAGCGAGCCGAGCCCUGCCUCUCGUCGCGCGCGCGCACGCGCUUCCUCCAUCCUGCCGCCUCAGACGGACGCCACCGCGGCAUCUGACGCAGCGCAGAUGCCGCCGCCUUGGCAGGGCCGUCAAUUGCGUGCGCCUUCCACGAGUGGGGAUGCCUCGAAUGCAUCGGCAUCCGCAUCAUCAUCUACUUGUCGACCGCGCCCUCGUGCUCGCGCCAGCAACACCGUCGGCGCAGUCAUUGUUCCUCGCCCUCGUUCCGGCUCAGCAAGUACGCGCGGUGCCUCGCCGCGGCGCGCCGGCAGCCCGGCUGCCGCCGCAGCUGGUGCGCCAACGGCGUCGGAAGCAGAGAGCGAGGAUGAAGCGGCUUCGGACUCGGCGGACGAGCGGCGCAGUGAAGAGUCGGACUCGGCGGAUGAGUUCGUCCCUGCCGCCGAUGCCUCGACCGCUCGCAGAGGAGGCAAGAAGCGUACGCGUUCUCGCGCUGCCGACGAUGACGACGAGGCAAGCGGCUCGGAGGCGGAGACGUUGCAGGACAAGCCGAAGCGCAAGAAGGGCAUUCAGAAGCGACGUCGUCGUCUGCUGCCCGAUGCAGCUCCAAAACGGCCGCUGAGUUCCUUCCUGCUUUACUCGCAGGGACGUCGAGCCGCUCUGCGCGCCGAACAGCCGCAGCUGAGCAUGGGCGAGCUAGGCAAGCUGCUGGGCGCCGAAUGGCGCAAUCUGCCGAGCGGCGUCAAGAGUGCGGUGGAAGAGCAGGCGAGCGACAUGCGGGCAGCGUGGGAGAGGGAGCUGGAGAUGUGGAAAGAGGCCAACCCGGGCUGGGAAGAGGCGGCGCAAACGGAGGCGGAGGAAGCUGCGACGAAGAAGGAGGAGAGGAAGAAGAAGGAGAAGGUCAAACGCAAGCCGCGAAGAGAGCUAAAGGAGGGAGAGCCACGCAAGCCACUCUCGGCAUACCUGCGCUACUCGAGCCACGUGCGUCACGAAGCGGCGCAGCUCCACCAAGGCGACGAGGCGCAACAGCCUGCACUCAAGGCUGCCCAGAUCGCCGAGCGCUGGCGAGCUCUGCCGCCGCACGAGCGCGCCGAGUGGACCUCUGCCGCACGCGCCGCACGAGCAGAGUACGACGUUGCACGAGCAGAAUGGAUGGAGGCGCACCCUUCGGCGAACGACGAGUCUGGCGAGGAAGCGCCGCGUGCUCCUCGCCGCGUCAAGAAGCCUCGCGUGCCGAGAGAGCAGCAUCACACGACGAUCAGCGAUGAUGAACAGGCGUAUCAGCUCGAGCUGGAGGCGCUCAAGGAAGCAGGCCAAGAUGCAUCGCAUCUCCGUCUCGAUCGCGACAAUACGAGAAUGGGCGAGAUUGCCGUGCCGGAGCAUCGUGCGGGCAUGCCGGGACCGCGGACGUUCGAGCUGCGUCGCACGUACAAGAAGCAGCUCGACGCACGCAGGAAGGAGCUGCAGCGCGCGAGAAGGGAGGGCAGAGAGCCGGAGGAGGAUGCGGAGAUGGUGCAGCCGACAGAGGCGCAGGAACGCAAGAUGCUGAAGAGAGCCGCUGGGGCAGCAGAGGACGAUGCGGAAGAGGUCGUCUCCAACUCUGACUAUUCCUCCAACGACGAGGACGCACGCGCUGCAGCACCGGCUCGACAAGGCAGUCAUGACUCGACGCACUCUUCGGACUCGGACGCGUCUGCCGCCCCCAGCGUCGUCUCUGCCGCCUCGACGCAUCACUCGCUGCGCGAAAACCGCUUUGCAGUGCAGACGCGCAUCGUCGACGGCCAGAUUGUGCUCGACGAGCAGUCGCUCGAGGCGGAUCUGGCCGCCGCGCAUGCGGACACGGUGCACGAGUACGUCGACGAGAACGAGCGGGAGCGCUUCGUCAACAGCGCCACGCGCGGCAAGCGAAAGGGCGUGCGACGAUGGGAUGCAGACGAGACGCAGAAGUUCUACAAGGCCGUCUCGCAAUGGGGCAGUGACUUUGAGAUGAUCUCGCGCCUCUUUCCCGACCGCGACCGCAAGCAAGUCAAGCAGAAGUGGCACGUGGAAGAACGUGCUCGUCCCGCCUUGCUCGACGCCGCCUUCGCACGACGGCUGCCCGUGUCGCUCAAGAAGUACGGCGCGGCCACGGGCGUGGAUCUCUCGGGGCCGCCGCCCAAGAUCGAGGCGCGCGCGGGAGCGCUGCAGGCCAAGCUGGAAGCUGCGGCGGCGGCGGCAGCGGCGGGAGGGAAGAAGGAGGAGAGAUCGGAGACGGUGGAGCGUGGCGAGGAUGGGCAAGAGAUUGUGUACGAGGGCGACGAGGAAGAGGCCGCCGCGACGCCGGCGCCGACUUGCGCAGCAGCACGACAGAAGAGCUCGACGCCCGGCAAAGGCUACUCUUCGCACGGCGAAGAGUCCGAGGGAGACUUGCCCUCCGUCACCGAGAUCAUCUCGCGCGGCCACGCCGCGGCUGCGCGCCACAAUCGGCCACGCGCCUCCUCCAACGCCUCGAGCGCAUCGGCCCUGCCUGCCGCGGCGGCGGGCCGAGCGCCGAGCGUGGCGCGCGCGAGCACGAGUGCCUCGGCAGCGACGAGCGGCAUGUCGCGCGAGAAGAGGCGCGAGCUGGAGCGGCGCAAGGAGCGAGAGGAGCGCGAACGCUCGAGACGCCGCAGAGUGCCGGAUGCGGCCGAGGAGGAGAUCAUUGGAGAGGUGUAAGGCCGUCGCCCCCCACACACAGCACAUCAACACCUGUCCAUGCCGCAGCUUGCACGGCAGCGGCCACAUGGGCCACUGGUGCAGCCCUGUAUACCCGCCUAGGCGUGGGCCAUUUGUACCCUUGUGCGAGACGAACGUGACGACGCUGUAGCAAUUGACCGCGAGCGACACCCCUCAUCAGCC